AUGGCGUUCCAGGCUCUGCUCUCAACCGUGACGGCGGCGCUGGUGUGCGCCUCGUCCGUCCAGGCGUAUGUGCUUCCGCUGCAGGCCAACACUGAAUUCCGGGGCGAUCUGGCCGAGGCCAAGGCUUUCCGACUCGCCAGCCGAUCGCUCAACGAUGCCUCGCAGGCUGGAUCCAUCUCGGUGCCCAUGUACAAGAGGCACGGCGCUCUGCACCCGGACGUGAGCAAGCGCGACCCCGAAGUUAUGAGGAGCUGGGCCUUCCGACAGGGCGAGAUCAUGAAGGCCAAGUACGGCGCCAACGCCGCCCACCAGAAGCGUCAGACCAUCGGACUUACCGAUGUGGGGCCUGACAGCUACUACUUCGCCCAACUUUCGGUCGGAACACCCGCUCAAAACUUCAACGUGGUGCUCGACACGGGCUCGGCCGAUUUCUGGCUCGUAGACUCGCAGUGCGGCACUGCGCAGAACUGCGACUCGGAUCUGAACAAGUUCAACGCCCAGAGCUCCUCCACCUACGUCGGCUCCAGCGCUCCCUUCCAGAUCACCUACGGCACCGGUGCCGUUCGUGGCACCCUCGCCGCCGACAAGGUCUCGCUCGCCGGCUACACGGUCAACAACCUCACCUUCGCCGAGGCUGCCGCCGUGGCUUCCAACACGGUCGAGUACCCGACCUCGGGCAUCAUGGGCAUGGGCUUCCAGUCGCUCUCGACCAGCGGCGCCACGCCUUUCUGGCAGGUGCUCGAAAAGCAGGGCGUGCUCUCGCAAAACGUCUUCACCUUCCAGCUCGCACGCAACAUCGACAACAUUAACCCCAACGACCCCAACAUCAACGACAUCCAGAGCCCCGGCGGCGUCUUCACGCUUGGACAGAUCGACUCGAACCAGUACAGCGGCGAUAUCAGCUACACCAACAUCCCCAACAACCUCCAGAACACGCAGGGACUCGGCUACUGGACCAUCCCGCUCGACGGCAUCACGGUCAACGGCAACUCGGCCCGCAUCGGCAGCAACACGCUUGCUGCCAUCGACACGGGCACCACGCUCAUCGGUGGUCCCGCCUCGGCCGUUCGUGCCUUCUACUCGCAGAUCAGUGGCUCGCGAUCUGCCGCCUCUGUAAAAAUGCCCGGAUACUACCUCUUCCCCUGCAGUGCCAACCUCAACAUUCAGCUCACGUUCGGCGGCAAGAGCUGGUCCAUGAACCCGCAGGACUUCAACCUUGGCUCGUACCCCUUCACCACCUCCCAGACCUGUCUCGGCGCCGUCUUUGAGAUCGACCUCGGCUCGUCGCAGUACGGCGUGCCGCAGUGGAUCGUGGGUGACUCGUUCCUCAAGAACGUCUUCCAGGUCUACGACGGCACCGGCCGCAUCGGAUUUGCCAGUCUCAAGGGCAGCGAGGCGCAGAUCGUCUCGGUCACUGCCAACGCUGUCUCGUCGCAGACGCCUCAGGCUACGUCGUCUGCCACGGGAUCCAUGAGUUCGAUCGGCGGCGGCUUGCCCUUCCCCACUGGCGCCUCUUCCUUUGCAUCGGGCGCGACCGCAACCGGCGUCGUGGGCGGGGGUAGCCUGCCCACGCCUUCGGCCUCGGGUGGCGUGACCUCGUCAACCCCGUCGCUGGUUGCUGGCUCGAGCAACGGCGGAAGCGGCAGCGGCAGCUCCAGCGGCUCUGGCAGCGGCGGUUCCACGUCGGGCGCGCGCUCGACUCUUCCAUCGGCCCUGCUCGCCGUGUCCACAGCCUCGGCAGCAGCUCUCUUCGCCGGCGCGUUCCUUGUCCUCUAA